AUGAAACUGUCCGUGCGUGUACGGGGGGAUUGGUUCGCAGUGCCAUGUAAAGGAACUGAGAAGGUCAGUUGGCUCGGUGAGGAAUCUUUGCGUCGAUACUACAAGGCUAAAUGUAAUUCUGGCCAUGCUGAUGAAACUGUGUUCGAAGUUCGCAAAGCCAAGGGUGGCGCCAUUCUGGAUUCUGAUGACUCGAUCAGAGAUGUCCUGGACGACAGCGACUUUGUUACAGUUGUCCUUGAUAGCGACAUGUCGAGCCCAGCUACAGGUCCUGCAGAACCGGUCUAUGUGGAGGAGAAAAUACCAAAAGAAAGUGUCCAAGCUGCAAAGGAGGUGAUGUCUCUGGAUGGUAACAGCCUCUCUACCGAUGAUUUGGUUCGACUAGGGAAGGGAUACUACAGAAUAAAGUUGACAGUUGAAUCAGAACAUAAAGUAAACAAAGCCAGACAGCUCCUGGAGGAUAUUAUAAGUAGCAAUAAAGUUGUCUAUGGAAUCACUACUGGGUUUGGGAAAUUCGCGCGUACAACCAUUGAAAAAUCCAAACUUAUAGAGCUACAAGAAAAUCUUAUCCGAUCUCAUGCUGCUGGUGUUGGUCCACCACUAUCCCCAGAGAGGACUCGUAUGAUCCUGGCCCUGAGGAUCAAUGUUUUAGCGAAGGGCUUCAGCGGAAUCUCCAUGGAUACACUUCAAAAAUAUAUAGCGGCUUUUAACGCCUCCUGUUUGCCGUACGUGCCUGAAAAAGGGACCGUUGGUGCCAGUGGAGACCUCGCACCAUUAUCUCAUCUCGCUCUAGGGAUGAUGGGAGAGGGCAAGAUGUGGAGUCCAAACAGCGGCUGGGCAGAUGCUAAAUACGUUUUGGAAUCCAACGGGUUGGAACCAAUAAAGCUGGGACCAAAAGAGGGUAUAGCGUUGAUCAACGGAACACAGCUGAUAGCUGGACUCGGUUCUGAAGCGGUGGAGAGAGCGGAAGCCAUUGCAAGGCAAGCGGAUAUAGUAGCGGCUUUCACCUUGGAUGUUCUCAAGGGUACAACAAGGGCAUUUGACAGCAACAUUCAUGAUGUCAGACCACAUAAGGGCCAAAUAAAAGUUGCCAGAAGAUUGCGAUCAUUACUCCACUCGGAAACACAUCCAUCUGAGAUUGCAGCUAGUCACAGAUUCUGUGACAAGGUACAAGAUUCCUACACCCUUCGCUGUUGCCCUCAGGUUCAUGGAAUUGUGAACGACACUAUUGAUUUUGUAAAAGGCUUGCUGACUACGGAAAUCAACAGUGCUACCGAUAAUCCUAUGGUGUUCGCUGACAUCAACGAAAUCAUUUCUGGAGGAAACUUUCAUGGCGAAUAUCCAGCAAAGGCUCUCGAUUACCUUGCUAUCGGAGUCCACGAGCUCGCCAAUAUGAGUGAACGGCGUAUCGAGAGACUUGUCAAUCCAGCUUAUAGUGAGCUACCAGCGUUUUUAACACCUGAUGGUGGACUCAAUUCUGGCUUUAUGAUUGCUCAUUGUACCGCUGCAGCCUUAGUGUCUGAGAACAAGGUCUUGUGUCAUCCGGCAUCUGUCGACUCACUGACGACAAGUGCUGGCACAGAGGACCACGUGUCAAUGGGAGGAUUUUCCGCUAGGAAAUGUUUACGUGUGGUUGAACAUGUCGAGCAAGUGCUGGCAAUAGAGCUGUUAGCUGCAUGCCAGGCGAUUGAGUUCUUACGUCCGUUGAAAUCUACUCCACCACUCGAAGAAGUUUAUAAGUUGGUUCGGAGCAAAGCUGGACCAUGGAACAAAGACCGAUACAUGACCCCAGACAUUGAGGCUGUGACAAAGAUGCUGCAAGAAGAGCAGGUUUGGAGGAAAGCAAAGCCAAUGAUGGAUAACUAUCAUUCUCUCCAAUCUAUCGAGACCAGAGUUUUCUCUCCUACUGCUAGUGGCCCGGAUGUUCCUCCAAUGAAAAGGAGGAAAACUUCAAGCAUGUCAAGACGUUGA